AAAGAGGGGAAACUCCAACCGCACAUAAUAUUGUUACUGAGGAGAAUGCGUUUCAAUUCCGACUGCAUCAACUCCAACCGCACAUAGUAUUUAAGUCAGAGACGCUCAAUUGUACAGUUGACAUUAGAGUACAAACUCAUACAGAGCUGGAAGUGUAUAAAGAGUAAGUUAUGGUCCUAGUGAUGAAUCAUCUCCCUCCUGUUCCAUCGUUCACCCCCAUGGAAAGCUUGAAAAUAAAGUACCGGGAGUUUUCUCAACUAGCUUCAUUUGAAAAUAGGAGACAGCAAGGGCAGCGAUCUCCUAAACUAGCAAGAAUCUCGCCCUUUAAAUUUCAAUGUGCAGCAUCAAUUGCUAGUCAAAAUCUGGCAGCCAGCAAAGAAACUGAACGUAUUAUUUUUGAUUCCAAAUCAGAGCCUCCGCCAGUAUUCGAUGGAAACACAAGGUUGUAUAUAAGUCGAAUGUGUCCUUAUGCACAAAGAGUAUGGAUUGCUAAAAAUUAUAAGGAACUUGAUGAUAUGUGUGUAGUUGAAAUUAGUUUGUCAGAUAAGCCACUUUGGUAUAAGGAGGUGUAUCCUUCUGGAAAGGUUCCUGCGCUUGAACACAAUGGAAAAGUCACAGGUGAAAGCCUGGAUUUACUUGAAUACCUUGAUCUAAACUUUGGUGGGCCUAAAAUUUUCCCUUUGGAACCUGAGAAAAAGAAGAUUGCAUCAGAUCUUAUGAAUCAUAGUGAUUCUUUUAUCAAGGCAGGAUUUUCAGCUUUAAGCAUGAAAGACGCCACACCAAUCAAAAUUGAACAGAAUUUUGGUAUUGCGCUUGACCAAUUGGAGACAUCAAUUCAGAAUUUUUCUAGCACAAGUCCUUUCUUUCUCGGUGAAUUUGGUGUGGUUGAUAUAGUAUAUAUACCGUUUAUUGAAAGACUUCAACUUGCCUUAUCUCAUUUCAAGAAUUAUGACAUUGCACAUGGGAGGCCUAUGCUAGCUAGAUGGAUUGAGGCUAUGGAUGGAAUUGAUGCAUAUGCAAAGACAAAGACGGAACCUUCAACCAUGAUAGAACUCUAUAAAAGAAUGUUGGCAAGUGAUUAUUUUGUGAAGAUAGGGAUUGCCACCGAAAAAGAUGACAGUAAAUCCGUAUGAUGUCUUGAAGGAAUAUAACUAUAUGAACUAGGGAUUAACGUAUUAGAUAAUGAGUUUUUACAUUAGAUUUUCAUCUUAUUUUUAUGCAAUUAUUCUAUAAUGUUAUGUAAACUAGUGUUUGAUAUAGUGUACUUGGAUCAUGAUAUUUGACUUUUAUAUUUUGUAACAACUCACUUAUAAAUGUAUGAUAAUAUAUUCAAUAAAUAUAAAUCUCAUUGUAAAAUUA